GUUAAAAAAAUCAAAGUUCUAAUUUUCAUCAAUUUUCAAAAUUUUAUAUGUAAUUUAUUGCUUCUUGCUAAAAUAUUUCAAAUAAAUAUUAUUUCCCCAUAAGAAAGAACUUUAAAUUCGAUAAAAAUUGCCAAAAUUUCGGACAAAAACUCUAAUAAAAUGCCUCCAGCUUCGGCAGCAGUUAUCCAGGCUGGAAAGGCUGAACGUGAUGAACGUCUACGUGAAGCCCUAAAAUCAUUCAUACUCAAAGAACGACAAAGAAAAAAAGAAGAAUAUGAAGCCGAAGUCGAAGAGGAACGAUUGCGAAAAGAGCGCGAAGCCCGAGAACGUCAGGAUGUCAUGACCCUGGGCGAGACACGAGAACAAAUUACAAAAUUAGAUCAAAAACUAACCGAGCUAAGAAAUCAGAAGCAGCAACUCUUUUUGCAGUUGAAAAAAGUUCUCAACGAAGAUGAGAAUCGCAAGAAACAGCAACAACAAAAGGAUAGCGAACUCUUUGCAAUGCAAGCGAUGCAAGCACAGAAUGUACCCCAGCCUCAAGUAUUCCUUCCACAAAGACUGCAGCACCAACAUCAACAGAUUCUCCAGAAAGUUCCUGUGGGUGUUAGUAAUCAGGGAAUUAAGCGGAAUCGUAGUCCGUCCCCGCCACAGCAUCAGGCAUAUUACAAGAGCGCCGCAUAUCCGCAGCCAAGUGAGCCUACCUCAAAGAAUUACCAAUCAAGCUAUGCUUUCUCUUUCAAUUCUUCUUUUCCAGAGCACGAUGAUGGGCGUCGUGGGGCAGAUAUUGCGCGCGUUUUGUGGAAUAAACCCCCAAACCAGUAUCAAAAUCCACCAGGCACUCUCUUCUACCAAACGGCUAGCAAUGCGCCCAGCCACGGUCAGCAGGACAAUCGGGGGCCUGCUAUCAUCUACCCUUCGUACAAUCCCAAUUUGAAUCUGCCUCUGCGGCAGAGCUAUCACAUGGAGAUGCAACCACAGCAGCAAUCUGCACAAGGUCAUUCCUCGAAAAACGACCAACAAUCCCAGAAACCACCCGCCCAAGUUUACCACAUCAACCUGGACCAGCCGCCCAUUUCACAGGCUUCCGGCUCAGUGUCUGUGGGUUCGCAACACAAACCCCAAGUUACAAUGGAGAAAAUCUCCGAUCGUUAUCAUGUCGAACUGAAAGUUGAUCAGUCGGGGCAUGGGCCUCCUCAGCCAACGCAUUUGCCCGAAGGAGUGGUUUAUACUUCGAUGAUUUCCGGUAUGCCAAUGCAUCCGAGUGUUAUGCAAAUGACCGGAAACCCUCAACAGAAUAACAAGCCAGGAGGAAGUAUCACUCAAGGAUACUCACAGAGCGGUGGCAAUCCUGGACACCCGCAGCAGCAACAACAACAACAACAGCAGCAACAACAACAAAUGCCCGGACAACAACAAAGAGGGCAGCAGCUGCAUUUUAGAAGGCUAUAUUAGAUGUAACCUAUAAGUUUAAACAUAAAAGGAAAUAUAAGAUAAAUAAAAUAAUACGUAUAUUUUUUAAAUAAA